UCCAAGCAAACUGUCCUGUCUUGGCAAGCUGCAAUCGAUGCUGCUAGACAGGCCAAGGCCGCCCAGACCAUGAGCACCUCCGCACCCCCACCUGUAGGAUCUCUCUCCCAAAGAAAACGGCAGCAAUACGCCAAGAGCAAAAAACAGGGUAACUUGUCCAACAGCCGACCUGCCCGUGCCCUCUUCUGCUUAUCGCUCAAUAACCCCAUCCGAAGAGCCUGCAUUAGUAUAGUGGAAUGGAAACCAUUUGACAUAUUUAUAUUAUUGGCUAUUUUUGCCAAUUGUGUGGCCUUAGCUGUUUACAUCCCGUUCCCUGAGGAUGAUUCUAAUUCAACAAAUCAUAACUUGGAAAAAGUAGAAUAUGCCUUCCUGAUUAUUUUUACAGUGGAGACAUUUCUGAAGAUUAUAGCAUAUGGAUUGUUGCUGCAUCCUAAUGCUUAUGUUAGGAAUGGAUGGAAUUUACUGGAUUUUGUUAUAGUAAUAGUAGGACUGUUUAGUGUAAUUUUGGAACAAUUAACCAAAGAAGCAGAAGGCGGGAACCACUCUGGUGGCAAAUCAGGAGGCUUUGAUGUCAAAGCCCUCCGCGCCUUCCGAGUGUUAAGGCCACUUCGACUUGUAUCAGGAGUGCCCAGUUUACAAGUUGUUCUGAACUCCAUUAUAAAAGCCAUGGUCCCCCUCCUUCACAUAGCCCUUUUGGUAUUAUUUGUAAUUAUCAUCUAUGCUAUUAUAGGAUUGGAACUUUUUAUUGGAAAAAUGCACAAAACAUGUUUUUUUGCUGACUCAGAUAUAGUAGCUGAAGAGGACCCAGCUCCAUGCGCGUUCUCAGGGAAUGGACGCCAGUGUACCGCCAAUGGCACGGAAUGUAGGAGUGGCUGGGUUGGCCCCAAUGGAGGCAUCACUAACUUUGAUAACUUUGCCUUUGCCAUGCUCACUGUGUUCCAGUGCAUCACCAUGGAGGGCUGGACAGACGUGCUCUACUGGGUAAAUGAUGCGAUAGGAUGGGAAUGGCCAUGGGUGUAUUUUGUUAGUCUGAUCAUCCUUGGCUCAUUUUUCGUCCUUAACCUGGUUCUUGGUGUCCUUAGUGGAGAAUUCUCCAAGGAAAGAGAGAAGGCUAAAGCGCGAGGAGAUUUCCAGAAACUUCGGGAGAAGCAGCAGCUAGAAGAGGAUCUCAAGGGCUACCUGGACUGGAUCACCCAGGCAGAGGACAUAGAUCCUGAGAACGAGGAAGAGGGUGGAGAGGAAGGCAAACGGAACACUAGCAUGCCCACCAGUGAGACUGAAUCUGUGAACACAGAGAAUGUAAGUGGUGAAGGCGAGACCCAGGGAUGCUGUGGAAGCCUCUGGUGCUGGUGGAAAAGAAGAGGCGCGGCCAAGACUGGUCCCUCUGGGUGUCGGCGGUGGGGCCAAGCCAUCUCGAAAUCCAAACUCAGCCGACGCUGGCGUCGAUGGAACCGGUUCAGUCGCAGGAGGUGCCGGGCUGCUGUGAAGUCUGUCACGUUUUACUGGCUGGUGAUCGUCCUGGUGUUUCUCAACACCCUAACUAUUUCUUCUGAGCACUACAAUCAGCCAGACUGGCUGACACAGAUCCAAGAUAUUGCGAACAAAGUCCUGUUGGCCCUGUUCACCUGUGAGAUGCUGGUGAAGAUGUACAGCCUGGGCCUCCAGGCAUACUUUGUCUCCCUCUUCAACCGCUUUGAUUGCUUUGUGGUGUGUGGGGGGAUCACUGAAACCAUCCUGGUGGAGCUGGAGCUCAUGUCCCCCCUGGGGGUCUCUGUGUUCCGGUGUGUGCGCCUCCUGAGGAUCUUCAAAGUGACCAGGCACUGGACUUCCCUGAGCAACUUGGUGGCAUCCCUGUUAAACUCCAUGAAGUCCAUUGCUUCGCUGCUGUUGCUGCUUUUCCUCUUCAUCAUCAUCUUCUCCCUGCUGGGGAUGCAGCUGUUUGGUGGGAAGUUUAAUUUUGAUGAAACCCAAACCAAGCGAAGCACCUUUGACAACUUUCCACAAGCACUCUUGACCGUGUUCCAGAUCCUGACAGGUGAAGACUGGAACGCAGUGAUGUAUGACGGCAUCAUGGCCUAUGGGGGCCCCUCGUCAUCUGGAAUGAUUGUCUGCAUCUACUUCAUCAUCCUUUUCAUCUGUGGCAACUAUAUCCUACUGAACGUCUUCUUGGCCAUUGCUGUAGACAAUUUAGCUGAUGCUGAAAGUCUGAACACUGCUCAGAAAGAGGAAGCUGAAGAAAAGGAAAGGAAAAAAAUUGCCAGAAAAGAAAGCCUAGAAAACAAAAAGAACAACAAACCAGAAGUCAACCAAAUAGCCAACAGUGACAACAAGGUUACAAUCGAUGAUUAUCAGGAAGAGGCUGAGGAUAAGGACCCUUACCCACCCUGUGAUGUACCAGUAGGUGAAGAGGAAGAGGAGGAGGAGGAGGAGGAGCCUGAGGUUCCUGCUGGCCCCCGUCCUCGCAGAAUCUCAGAGUUGAACAUGAAGGAGAAAAUUGCACCCAUCCCCGAAGGAAGUGCUUUCUUCAUUCUUAGCAAGACCAACCCCAUCCGUGUGGGCUGCCACAAGCUCAUUAACCACCACAUCUUCACCAACCUUAUCCUGGUCUUCAUCAUGCUGAGCAGCGCUGCCCUUGCCGCUGAGGAUCCCAUCCGCAGCCACUCCUUCCGGAACACCAUACUGGGUUACUUUGACUAUGCUUUCACAGCCAUCUUUACGGUUGAAAUCCUGUUAAAGAUGACAACUUUUGGAGCUUUCUUGCACAAAGGAGCUUUCUGCAGGAACUACUUCAAUUUGCUGGACAUGCUGGUUGUUGGGGUGUCUCUGGUGUCAUUUGGGAUUCAAUCCAGCGCCAUCUCCGUUGUGAAGAUUCUCAGGGUUCUAAGGGUCUUGAGGCCUCUCAGAGCAAUCAACAGAGCAAAAGGACUUAAGCACGUGGUCCAGUGUGUCUUCGUGGCGAUCCGGACCAUCGGCAACAUCAUGGUCGUCACCACCCUGCUGCAGUUCAUGUUUGCCUGCAUUGGGGUGCAGCUGUUCAAGGGGAAGUUCUAUCGCUGCACAGAUGAAGCCAAAAGUAACCCCGAGGAAUGCAGGGGGCUUUUCAUUCUUUAUAAGGAUGGCGAUGUCGACAGUCCCGUGGUCCGUGAGAGGAUCUGGCAAAACAGUGAUUUCAAUUUUGACAACGUCCUUUCGGCUAUGAUGGCACUCUUCACGGUCUCAACUUUUGAAGGCUGGCCCGCGUUGCUGUAUAAAGCUAUUGACUCAAACGGAGAGAAUGUUGGUCCCGUCUACAACUACCGUGUGGAGAUCUCCAUCUUCUUCAUCAUUUACAUCAUCAUUGUUGCCUUCUUCAUGAUGAAUAUCUUUGUGGGCUUCGUCAUUGUCACCUUUCAGGAACAGGGAGAAAAAGAGUAUAAGAACUGUGAGCUGGACAAAAACCAGCGUCAGUGUGUUGAAUAUGCCUUGAAAGCACGCCCCUUACGGAGAUACAUCCCCAAAAACCCAUAUCAGUACAAGUUCUGGUACGUGGUGAACUCCUCACCUUUCGAAUACAUGAUGUUCGUCCUCAUCAUGCUCAACACGCUCUGCUUGGCCAUGCAGCACUAUGAGCAGUCGAAGAUGUUCAAUGAUGCUAUGGACAUUCUAAACAUGGUCUUCACGGGGGUGUUCACUGUUGAGAUGGUUUUGAAAGUCAUCGCUUUUAAGCCCAAGGGGUAUUUUAGUGACGCCUGGAACACGUUUGACUCCCUCAUCGUAAUCGGCAGCAUUAUAGACGUGGCCCUCAGCGAAGCCGACCCAACUGAAAGUGAAAAUGUCCCUCUCCCAACUGCUACACCUGGGAACUCUGAAGAGAGCAAUAGAAUCUCCAUCACCUUUUUCCGUCUUUUCCGAGUGAUGCGAUUGGUGAAGCUUCUCAGCAGGGGGGAAGGCAUCCGGACACUGCUGUGGACUUUCAUUAAGUCCUUUCAGGCACUCCCGUAUGUCGCCCUCCUCAUCGCCAUGCUCUUCUUCAUCUAUGCAGUCAUUGGUAUGCAGAUGUUUGGGAAAGUUGCCAUGAGAGACAACAACCAGAUCAAUAGGAACAACAACUUUCAGACGUUUCCCCAGGCUGUGCUGCUGCUCUUCAGAUGUGCGACAGGGGAAGCCUGGCAGGAAAUCAUGCUUGCCUGCCUCCCGGGGAAGCUGUGUGACCCGGACUCAGAUUACAACCCAGGAGAGGAAUACUCUUGCGGGAGCAACUUUGCCAUUGUAUAUUUCAUCAGCUUUUACAUGCUCUGCGCAUUCCUGAUCAUCAACCUCUUUGUGGCCGUUAUCAUGGACAAUUUUGACUAUCUGACACGGGACUGGUCUAUUCUGGGGCCUCACCACUUGGAUGAAUUCAAGAGGAUAUGGUCAGAAUACGACCCUGAAGCAAAGGGAAGGAUAAAGCACCUUGACGUGGUCACUCUGCUCCGACGAAUCCAGCCUCCCCUGGGGUUUGGAAAGUUAUGUCCACACCGAGUAGCAUGUAAGAGGUUAGUUGCCAUGAACAUGCCUCUCAACAGCGAUGGGACCGUCAUGUUCAAUGCAACGCUGUUUGCUUUGGUCCGGACGGCACUCAAGAUCAAGACUGAAGGGAACCUGGAGCAAGCUAAUGAAGAACUCCGAGCUGUGAUAAAGAAGAUCUGGAAGAAGACAAGCAUGAAGCUGCUUGACCAAGUUGUGCCUCCAGCUGGUGAUGAUGAGGUAACCGUGGGGAAGUUCUAUGCCACUUUCCUGAUACAGGACUACUUUAGGAAAUUCAAGAAACGGAAAGAGCAAGGCCUGGUGGGGAAGUACCCUUCGAAGAACACAACAAUUGCCCUGCAGGCGGGAUUAAGGACUCUGCAUGACAUUGGGCCAGAAAUCCGACGUGCUAUAUCCUGUGACUUGCAAGAUGAUGAGCCAGAAGAAUCCAAACCAGAAGAUGAAGAUGUAUUCAAAAGAAAUGGUGCCCUGCUUGGAAACCAUGUCAAUCAUGUUAAUAGUGAUAGGAGAGAUUCCCUUCAGCAGACCAAUACCACCCACCGUCCCCUGCAUGUCCAAAGGCCUUCAAUUCCACCUGCAAGUGAUACUGAGAGACCGCUGUUUCCUCCAGCAGGAAAUUCGGUGUGUCCUAACCAUCAUAACCAUAAUUCCAUAGGGAAGCAAGUUCCCACCUCAACAAAUGCCAAUCUCAAUAAUGCCAAUAUGUCCAAAGCUGCCGGCGGAAAGCGGCCCAGCAUUGGGAACCCUGAGCAUGUGUCUGAAAACGGGCAUUACUCCUACACGCAUGAUCGAGAGCUUCAAAGAAGGUCCAGUAUUAAAAGGUCAGAGUCAGGAGAUGAGCAGCUUCCAACGAUUUGCCGAGAAGACCCUGAGAUACACGGCUACUUCCGAGACCCCCACUGCUUGGGGGAACAGGAGUAUUUCAGUAGUGAGGAGUGCUGUGAGGAGGACAGCUCUCCCACCUGGAGCAGGCAAAAUUACAGCUAUUACAGCAGGUACCCAGGCAGCUCCAUGGACUUUGAGAGGCCCCGCGGCUACCAUCACCCCCAAGGUUUCUCAGAAGACGAUGACUCGCCCGUCGGCUAUGAUUCACGGAGAUCUCCCAGGAGACGCCUUCUGCCUCCCACCCCACCAUCCCAUCGGAGGUCCUCCUUCAACUUUGAGUGUCUGCGCAGGCAGAGCAGCCAAGACGAUGUCCUUCCAUCACCUGCCCUGCCUCACCGCGCUGCCCUGCCUCUGCACCUGAUGCAGCAGCAGAUCAUGGCCGUCGCAGGCCUCGAUUCCAGUAAAGCCCAGAAGUACUCACCGAGCCACUCUACGAGGUCAUGGGCCACCCCUCCAGCAACCCCUCCCUACCGGGACUGGACCCCAUGCUACACCCCCUUGAUCCAGGUGGACCGCUCAGAGUCUCUGGACCAGGUCAAUGGCAGCCUGCCAUCCCUCCACCGCAGUUCCUGGUACACAGAUGAGCCAGACAUCUCCUAUAGGACUUUCACACCAGCCAGCCUGACUGUCCCCAGCAGCUUCCGUAACAAAAACAGUGACAAGCAAAGGAGUGCAGACAGCCUGGUAGAGGCGGUCCUGAUCUCUGAAGGCUUGGGACGCUAUGCAAGGGACCCAAAAUUUGUAUCAGCAACAAAACAUGAAAUUGCCGAUGCCUGUGACCUAACCAUAGAUGAAAUGGAGAGUGCAGCGAGCACUCUGCUCAACGGCAGUGUGUGUCCUCGAGCCAAUGGGGACAUGGGCCCCAUCUCACACAGCCAGGACUAUGAACUCCAGGACUUUGGUCCGGGCUACAGUGAUGAGGAGCCAGACCCUGGGCGAGAGGAAGAGGACCUGGCAGAUGAAAUGAUCUGCAUUACCACCUUGUAGCCCAGUGAGGGCAGGCUGGCUCCCUCCUGAGACGGGCACAGGAGGGCCAGGGAUAAAGUGCCUCAUAGUUAGGAAAGGUUAGGCACCGAUCGGGAGAAAGAUGCUCAAUUAGACUUUUGUACAAGUGAUACCAUGCCUCAUGGAAGCCAUAAACCUGGUAGGAACAGGC